UAGCCGAAGAAUAAGAUAAGAGGUCUCUCCAUCAAGCUAAAAACAGCUGAGGAAUAAACAACAUGCAAGAUUGUGUGAACAUAUCGCCCAAAACCAAAAUAUUUUGGCUGAUUUUUCCGCUGAUUGCUCUUUGCUAUGCAGCAAAAGACAACAGCAGCGGCGGCAAGCCGAAUGGUAACAUGGUAAGUUUAUUUUUUCCAAAACAUCACAACAUUGUAUUCAUCAUCAUUCUCCGUCACUGUUACUCUAAAAGGGGACAGAAAAGGAGAUAUUCCGGAAAAAUUGGAACAGAACGAUGAUUUCAUGACCGAAUACUUCGACUCUUAGAAAGAUGAAUUAGUCACAAUGAUUGUUCACAGGAAAAAUAGUCAUAUUUCUGACAGCAUAUAAAUAAAGUUGCGUGCUCUGUGUUUUUUUUUUCUCCUGACACAGGGCACUCACCCAUAUCCGCCAUAUGGACUCUGUGCCUAUGGUGCUCCCUUUGGCGCACCGGGUAUACCAGGUAUUCCUGGGAGCCCAGGACCCGCGGGACCAACGGGCAUCGCAGGACCACCCGGUCCUCGAGGUUCUACGGGACCACAAGGGGACAAAGGCAACGCGGGAAAGCCUGGAAACCAAGGCCUCCCGGGUCAACAGGGGCACUCAGGAAAAAUGGGACCUCAAGGGUCCACGGGCCGACAGGGUCCACGAGGAACCAAAGGUGACGCAGGGGAUAAAGGAAGCCAGGGAGCCCCAGGCCUCCAGGGACCUCCAGGAGCUUUGGGAACUAAUUGGAAACAGUGUGUUUUCAAAAAUUUGAAUGAAGGAAAGGACACUGGGUUAAUAAAGGUAUUUUUUUUCCAUUUAAUUAAUUGCAAUUUUACAAAACCGUAUUUGACAAUGAUGCUUAAUAGACGAUUCCUACAAAAUUUUUACUGAAAGAAGAUCGAGUUGUGCAGUAAGCCAAAAACAGAAACUGUGAAGUUAAACCUACAUGUAACCAAAGAUUCCUUUGACUGGACUUUAGGAAAUUAAUUUAGGACUUAUUUCUCUCAGGGGUAUUUUGAAUCCAUGCUGCUCAUAUGUACCAUCAUUUCUUUCUCCAGGAAUGCCUUUUCAUCAAAAACUCGGCCAAAACAGCCUUGCGUGUUUUUUGGAAUGGCAACCUCCGCCUCGGUAACUGCCAUGCUUGCUGCAGACGAUGGUAUUUCACCUUAAACGGCGCAGAGUGCUCAGCUCCUGCUGCAAUUGAUGGCAUAGUCUACAUGGUACAUGGAAAUGGCGGCAAAAAGUUUUCAUACCGCCCUCGUCAUAUCGAGGGUGUGUGCGAGAAAGUCCAGAAAGGUGUCGUGCGCUUGGGAUUCUGGGUCGGUAACUGUAAUGGUUACGGAUCUGCUGACGCACGCACAGGCUGGAACUCAGUGUCCAGGAUCUACGUGGAAGAAGUACCACCCCCACAGGCAUAAUGUCUAAUACUACCAUGGUUGCAUAGUGGAAAGUUUGAAAUAACGCGCAUUAUUGCUCUAUGUCUAACAUCAAAAUACAAACGAUAGCACGAUUUAACAAUCCGGAUAAAUAGCC